AUGCAAGACAAAGAAACCGUGGCUGCUCUUAAGGCCAAAAUAGCCCAACUGGAAUCUGAGCUGUCUAAUGCGCGCCCGGUUCGCCAAAAAAUUGAGCAGAUGUCCAGUGAAGUCGUCAGCUCGAACCCGUACAGUCGUCUAAUGGCACUACAAAAGAUGGGCAUUGUAGAAAAUUAUGCACAAAUUCGAGAAAAGUCUGUCGCGAUUGUCGGGGUGGGAGGAGUUGGUUCCGUGGCGGCCGAAAUGCUUGUUCGAUGUGGCAUCGGUCGUCUCCUUCUCUUUGACUACGACAAAGUGGAACUAGCCAAUAUGAAUCGACUUUUCUUCCAGCCCCACCAAGCUGGAUUAAGCAAAGUUCAGGCCGCGGCAGCAACCCUACACGCCAUCAACCCCGACGUCUCCAUCGACGCGCACAACUACGACAUCACCCUUGUGGACAACUUCGACUCCUUUUUGGCAUCGCUUCGCGGAGACGGGACCAAACCCGUUGAUCUGGUCCUCUCCUGUGUGGACAACUUUGAGGCACGAAUGACCAUCAACAGAGCGUGCAAUGAGAUUAAUCAGGUUUGGUUUGAAGCGGGUGUCAGCGAGGACGCCUUGAGCUGCCACUUCCAGCUGAUGUAUCCCGGUCGGACGCCGUGUUUUGAGUGCAUGCCUCCGUUGGUUGUGGCCGCCGGUCUAAACGACACCAAGGUGCUCAAGCGCGAUGGCGUGUGUGCGGCGUCCCUUCCCACUACGAUGGCCAUCGUUGCCGGCCUGAUGGUGCAAAAUGUGCUCAAAUACCUCCUGCAUUUUGGUGAGGUUUCGAGUUAUUUUGGCUACGGUGCAUCGAAGGACUCCGUUUACCGCGUCAAUCUGCGUCCUAAUCCGACGUGUGCUGACUCGUGGUGUCGCAAACGCCAAGCCGAGCGUCGCGCUCAACUAGUUCGUCGUGGUCUUCCGGCGGACGCCGACUGGGACGCAGAAGCCAAGAUGGCCGCUAGAGCCGAACGUGCCCGUCUGGAACGCGAAGAGGCCUCCAAGCCUCUCCACGAGGACAACGAAUUUCACAUUGAACUCGUUUCCUCGUCCGCCGACGGCGACGGUGACUGUGCGACAGCUGCCGAAGGUGGCGUGGAACAACUGGCAAAUGCAGACGCGAAAUCCGAGUCUGGAACCUCCGUCGCUGUUGAUGCCGACGGCCCAAGUCUUGGAGAUUUGAUGAAGCAACUCCGAAGCCUUUGA